UCCAAAAACAAACAAACAAACAAGCAAGGCAGAACCAACCUCCACUUCACACCAGCCGGCACAGCCACCCGUGUCUUGCCUGCCACCCAGAGAGGGGGGUCUGCGGCCCCCGGUGGAGGAGUUGCAGGGACAGGGGGACAGAGGCCGAGCGACGCCCUGGGAGCCACCGGGCAGGAGGCGGAGGAGACCCGGAGAGGCGAGCGAGACAGCGGGCCCCCGCGCGCGGCGGCUCGGGGCUGGGGCGCCAGAAGUGGGACUGGAGCGAACUAGAGCGAUGCCAAGGAGGAAGCAGCAGGCACCCAAGCGGGCGGCAGGCUACGCCCAGGAGGAACAGCUGAAGGAAGAGGAGGAGAUCAAAGAGGAAGAGGAGGAGGAGGAAGACAGUGGUUCGGGAGCUCAGCCUCAGGGCAGCAAUGACGCGGGGACAGACGAGGAGCUGGAGAUGGGCCCCGAGCAAAAGGGCUGCUUCAGCUACCAGAACUCUCCAGGAAGCCACCUGUCCAACCAGGACGCCGAGAACGAGUCCCUGCUGAGCGAUGCCAGCGAUCAGGUGUCAGACAUCAAGAGUGUGUGCGGCCGAGAUGCCUCGGAUAAGAAAGCCAGCGUGCGCCCCAAGCUUCCAAACGAAGCCCACAGCUGCAUGGAUAAGAUGACCGCCGUCUACGCCAACAUCUUGUCCGAUUCCUACUGGUCGGGCCUGGGCCUCGGCUUCAAGCUGUCCAACAGCGAGAGGCGGAAUUGUGACACCCGAAACGGUGGCAACAAGACGGAUUUCGAUUGGCACCAAGACGCUCUGUCCAAAAGCCUGCAGCAGAACUUGCCCUCGAGGUCCGUGUCGAAGCCCAGCCUGUUCAGCUCGGUCCAGCUGUACCGGCAGAGCAGCAAAAUGUGCGGGACUGUUUUCACCGGGGCCAGCAGGUUCCGGUGCCGGCAGUGCAGUGCUGCCUACGACACCCUGGUCGAGCUGACCGUCCACAUGAACGAAACCGGCCACUACCAAGACGACAACCGCAAAAAGGACAAGCUCAGACCCACGAGCUACUCCAAGCCCCGAAAGAGGGCUUUCCAGGAUAUGGACAAGGAGGAUGCUCAAAAGGUCCUGAAGUGCAUGUUUUGCGGUGAUUCCUUUGAUUCCCUCCAGGAUUUGAGUGUCCACAUGAUCAAAACAAAACAUUACCAAAAAGUGCCUUUGAAGGAGCCAGUCCCAACCAUUUCAUCAAAAAUGGUCACUCCCGCCAAGAAACGCGUCUUCGACGUCAAUCGGCCGUGCUCCCCGGAUUCGACCACUGGGUCGUUUGCAGACUCGUUUCCGCCCCAGAAGAACACCAGCCUCCAACUGUCUUGCAACAACCGCUAUGGCUACCAGAACGGUGCCAGCUACACCUGGCAGUUCGAGGCCUGCAAGUCCCAGAUCUUGAAGUGCAUGGAGUGUGGGAGCUCCCACGACACUCUGCAGCAGCUCACCACCCACAUGAUGGUCACCGGUCACUUUCUCAAGGUCACCAGCUCUGCCUCCAAGAAAGGCAAGCAGCUGGUGCUGGACCCACUGGCCGUGGAGAAGAUGCAGUCGUUGUCAGAUGCCCCAAACAGUGAUGCCCUGGCUCCCAAGCCAUCAGGUAACUCCGCCUGUGACGGCGCAGCCUCCUCGACGGAGCUGAAGGACAGCAAAAAGGAAAAACCAGAGGAGAUCAACAAGGAUGAGAAGGUCAUGAAAAGCGAGGACUAUGAAGACCCUCUCCAAAAGCCACUAGAUCCUACGAUAAAGUACCAGUAUCUGAGGGAGGAGGACUUGGAAGAUGGCUCGAAGGGCGGAGGGGACAUUUUGAAGUCUUUGGAAAAUACCGUUACCACUGCCAUCAAUAAAGCCCAGAACGGGGCUCCCAGCUGGAGCGCGUAUCCCAGCAUCCACGCAGCCUACCAGCUCUCAGAGGGCACCAAGCCUUCCUUGCCUAUGGGCUCCCAGGUCCUGCAGAUCCGACCCAACCUCAGCAACAAGCUGAGGCCGAUCGCACCCAAGUGGAAAGCGAUGCCGCUGGUGUCCGUGCCUGCACACCUGGCCCCCUACACGCAAGUGAAGAAGGAGCCGACAGACAAAGAGGAAGCGGUGAGGGAGUGUGAGAAAGAGAGUCCCCGCGAGGAGGCGUCCUCGUUCAGCCACAGCGAGGGGCACGCUUUCUCCAAAAGCGAACCGCCUGCGGAGUCCAAAAAGGCUGAGCCGCGUCCCCCGCAGGCGGAGGACAAGCCGAUGAGAGAGGGCGGUGAGAAAGAGAAAGGCCCGGCUUUGGAGCCGGCGUCUCCGCUCAGCAACGGCUGCACCCUCACCAACCCUGCAGCGGCCCUGCCGGGCAUCAACCCGCUCAGCGCCCUGCAGUCUGUCCUGAACAAUCACCUGGGCAAAGCCACGGAGCCCUUGCGCGCACCCUCCUGCUCCAGCCCAAGCUCAAGCACAAUGUCCAUGUUUCACAAGCCGAGCCUCAGCGUCAUGGACAAGCCAGUCCUGAGUCCCCCCUCCACGAGGCCGGCCAGCGUGUCCAGACGCUAUCUGUUCGAGAACAACGAUCAGCCCAUCGACCUGACCAAGUCCAAGAGCAAGAAGGCCGAGUCCUCGCAAGCUCAGUCCUGCACGUCCCCGCCCCAGAAGCACGCCCUCUCCGACAUCGCCGACAUGGUCAAGGUCCUCCCCAAGGCCACCACCCCGAAGCCCGCCACCUCCCCCAGGGUCCCUCCCGUAAAGCUGGAGAUGGAUGUCAGGCGCUUCGAGGACUUGUCCAGUGAGGUCUCCACCUUGCAUAAGAGGAAAGGCCGGCAGUCCAACUGGAACCCCCAGCAUCUUCUGAUCCUGCAGGCUCAGUUUGCCUCCAGCCUCUUCCAGACCUCGGAGGGCAAAUACCUGCUGUCCGACCUGGGCCCCCAAGAGCGGAUGCAGAUCUCGAAGUUUACGGGACUCUCGAUGACCACCAUCAGCCACUGGCUCGCCAACGUCAAGUACCAGCUUAGGAAAACGGGUGGGACCAAGUUCCUAAAAAACAUGGACAAAGGACACCCUAUCUUUUACUGCAGUGACUGUGCCUCCCAGUUCAGAACCCCGUCUACCUACAUCAGUCACUUAGAGUCCCACCUGGGUUUCCAAAUGAAGGACAUGACCCGCCUGGCCGUGGAGCAGCAAGGCAAAGCGGAGCAGGAGCUCUCCCGGGUGUCGUCGGCUCAGCGGUCACCGGAAAGCAUAGCUGGCGAAGAGGACACAGACUCUAAAUUCAAGUGUAAGUUGUGCUGCCGGACAUUUGUGAGCAAACAUGCAGUAAAACUCCACCUAAGCAAAACGCACAGCAAGUCCCCCGAGCACCAUUCACAGUUUGUAACAGACGUGGAUGAAGAAUAGCUCCGCAGGGCCUCUCCAGUGCGGUGCCCACGUCACCC